AUGAAAAGUGAUGGUGAAUGCAUCUGGUCAGGUGGCAUCAACUUCCAUGUGCCUGAUGGAAGUCAGUCUGAAUGGUCUGGGAGCGACUCGGGCUCAGAAUCAGACCUGGAAGCCUCGGAGAUGGAAGGGAAGAAGCUGGUAAAAAGUCUCUGCAGGGAGUAUGGGAGGUUCAAGAUGAAGGCCUCAGGUCAACCAACAGCAUACGAGGAGUUGCAAAGGGGCAUUACCUCGAAGGACUGGAAGAAGGCUGAGGGAAACUGGUGCCUUAGGUAUACCAGAAAUUCAGACAGGACAGGAUGUCGAAAUGAGCUGUUUGCACAGCAGAAGGAGACUCCGGCCUGCAGCUCACCUUACUACAGCCAAGGCGCGAGCAUGAUGUGUGCAUUUCUUACCAAAGGCACGAAGCACAUGCAGGUCCAGCAAUCCACGCACGCAGACAGUGCGGGAAUACUGCCAUCGCGAAAUGCACUUCCCGUAGUGGCAGGAUCGAAUGACAACACAAUCUUCACUGGCUAUCUGUCAAACAUUUCUAGCUCUGAGGAUGAGCUGGAUAAAGAUGACAAUCAGACAGAUCCGGAAGACGAGGAUGGGGACUCACCUGGCUCAGAUACCCAUACACUUUCCUCUUCAUCUGUUACUUUCCAUACCCAAGCACCUCUGCCACUCAAGCGCCAGAAGCUCAACAUAAGCUUUCGUCAAGCACAUAAAAAUGCGAAGAAAGCACAGCAGAAGGAGUCCGUCAAGGCUCUUGCUGCUAUUGAGAAGUUAAUUGACUCAAAGUGUGCUGUGUUCGAGUCAGAACACAAUGGGCUUCAGGCACACUGUGCACAAGCAAUCCAAAGCUGCCUAAGGAUGGUUGUUGAUAACCAGCAGAAGCUUGUUGAUGCAUCCCAGAGGGCUGCUGAAAGUCAUAGAUUCGCAGUGAAAUGGGGCAGAUGA